AAGGCGCAGAGAGAGGGUUUAAAACAUGGGAGUAUUUACGAACUCUUAGCUUUAUCAUCAAUCAUAGUGCUCUGUUCGCCAUGUCCGUACCCCAUGUUCACAAACCAAGAAUGGAAAGAGAUAAUGAAGACUAAUCCUUAUACUAUAAACGAACCACCACUUCCACCAGAGAUUUCAUCUUCUCUUCGUGACAUCGCUAGUAGACGCUUUAUUAACGGUGACGUUUUCAUGGAUUGUGGAGAAUCGGAGUUGAAUAGAAUGGUCGCGCUCAUGUUUAAUAACCUAUAUUAUGGUAUUCCAGAGGUUGCUCCAUCAAAGUUAUCCGAGGAAGAGCACUGUGAAAUGUACAUUUAUCCAAUUGCUCGUUCGUUUCGUAGAUCCGAAAAAGAAUAUGAACUUAGAUUAAAUCGUGCCACUGCAGGAUCAAAAACAAGAGCCGACCUUUCAUGUGUAGUGAAUGAUGUAUCAAUCUUAAAUUCGGAGUUUAAGCCACUGGGUUGCACACCACUACAAGAGAAGAAGGAUAGAUUGAAGGCUCAUUUAAAAGCUCGAAAAUCAAUUAAUCAACAAUUGGAAAGAAAGGGGG